AUGAGCGUCAGUCCUGAAAAUAGCAGCGUCACAGAUCCUCUAGAUACAUGUGCUCUGGAAGCUAGGUCCCCGAAUGGUGGUGGGUUCGAUACUGACGCCAUUUGUUGUUCAGUGAAUGAGACAUUGGUUGGUGAAGGUCUGCAAGCAUCUAGCGGCCUUUCUCAUCUUGCGAUUAAACGACAUGCAGGGGAGAUUCUAAAUAGUAGAAAGCGGGUCUUGAGAGUGACAGGUACUUUAGACGAAUUUAAUACUAAUCAUUCCGAGACUACUCCAACACAACACCAUCAAUCUCCUGGCAGAGCUAUCAGUACCCCAAACUCUUUGAAGGGGAAGGCCACUUGGUUCACCUUCACCGGUUGUGCCGCCCCAGCUACUCUGUAUGGUUGUGCGGACUUCGUAACAGUGUAUAAUUUUCCAGUUUCUCCUGAACUAUCGGACUUCUAUAAGUGGAUUGUGGAGACGCACGGUCAUAUACCAUCUGUGGUUGUUCUUUUAGAGAAGUACACGCUUAUCACGUCUACACGGGUGUUAAUAGAUUUUGCGUCGGCAAUGCAGAAGCUGGGUGAGGCUUGUCCUUCCGAGGAGGAUUGGGCUUCUUGGCAGGAGGUAUUCAAACUCCCUCGGAUUUUGAAAUUUAACAUUGCAUGGUUGGAGAGUCUCCUAGCUGGUAUUGAGGAGAGACGUAACUCUCGUCGUCUGCUACUGUCCGGUGAGAUUGCUCAGUUGGAAGAGGAAGUGGCGGAGGGUGAACAAAAGCUGAAAAAGCAUCAGGCCACUCAACUCCGCUUAGCCACCGAAGUAGCUGCUAUUGUUUUGGAAAUACAAGCAACUAAGUCCGAUAUUGACGUUAAGAGGCGGUCUCCGAUGAAGAAGAAUAAUGAGCUUGCUGCUCUACCAUGA